GCCGGGCCCGCAGGGCUGCUGCGGGGCGAUCGGGCCAGGCUGCGGACGGCGCCAUGGGCUCUCGUGUCCAGCCCGAGUUCCAGCCUCACUGAGCCGGUCACCCCCAAGACCUUCCUGCUGAGGAAGUCUCCCCCAACACCGACCAUGUCUAUUAUGGACCACAGCCCCACCACGGGUGUGGUCACAGUCAUUGUCAUCCUCAUCGCCAUUGCUGCCCUGGGGGCCUUGAUCCUAGGCUGCUGGUGCUACCUGCGGCUGCAGCGCAUCAGCCAGUCCGAGGAUGAGGAGAGCAUCGUGGGAGAUGGCGAGACCAAGGAGCCCUUCCUGCUGGUGCAGUACUCAGCCAAGGGACCGUGUGUGGAGAGAAAGGCCAAGCUGACCCCCAACGGCCCAGAAGUGCAUGGCUGAGCUGGGAUUUGAAGGCUCCUGGGCUUGUUUGCAGCCAGCCGAGAGGCAUGGGAGGGGGAAUCCACAGACAUGCUGCCGUUUGAGAGGACGGGUUGACACUUGCUGGCAUGGCCUUACCUGGCUUCGUUAUCGCAUGCACUGACUCUUGGGGUCCCAGCUGUCCUAAGCCAGGACUUGGUGGCCCUGGGCAUCCCCUCUGCCUCCUAGUGGGGCUGCCCAUUGCAGGCAGUGGGCAGACCUGACCUUGCUGGGGUUUAAGGCCCCAUAGCGCUUUUGUUACUUGAAUGUUUAGCUGAGCCUGUUUUUGAUGGAGCUACUACUGUAACGCGUGAACUCACAAACCUGUGAACUGUAAAUAGGCCCCAGAAGCACGUGCUUAAACUUUUUUUGCUGAUUUUUAAAAAUAUCGGAUAGUGUACACGGGACUGACCUUACUAAUGAUAAGCUGAGUCAAGGCUGUGGGGGAGGGUCUUAGACAUGUAAGGCCCAAGUUGCACUUGGCAGGGGCCUCUAAUGUGUGUGUGUGUGUGUGUGUGUGUGUGUGUACGUAGAGGAUGUGUGACAUGACCAGUUGGGGUGCUGUGGUGAUUUCUGGUUGGUUAGCGAUGGCUGGAAGAACCACACCACCGUCUUUCUCUAAGUAGGUUCAGUCAUUAAAUACCAGUUCCUGUUCAUAUUGCAAGGAGGCUAUGCAGCUGCUUGGGAGCCAGUGAAGGACGAGUCAGGGCACACGUCCUGAGGGCUGCCAGGCAUUGCAGUGGCAGAGCAGUUUCUUGACCCUUUGGUCUUGAGCAUGCCGAGCACUCGGUUUCUGUCCCCACCCCCACUGGGCAUUACUUUGUGCAGACUUCGCCGAACAGGCAGUGGCUGCUUUUGUCUGAAACUUAAUGGGCCCAGGAGAGAAAAUUGUGGUUUUGUUGUUGUAUUUAAUAUUUUCUGCACUGGAGGGAAGGAGUAGGGGACUGAGGUUUCUUCCACUCCUUCCCUUUUCACAAAUUAGUUUCUUAAAUUACCACUCACCUGCUGGGGACUGGAUUUUACUUUCCUCAGCGGAUCACCUAGAAGAGUCCCCUGACCCCACUAUGAGGCACAAAGUAUGAUGGAAGGACACUUCUUGCGUGCAUAUGUACAUGGGGGCCCCCAGAUGCACCCUGAUUGCUUGUGCUUAGUGAGCACCUGGGGGUACAGGCAGGGGAGUGAGUUUCAGGUUCUGGACUUAGUUUGCAAAAAGAUAAGGCAUUGGUGGCUCUUGGAUUAGGCCAGCGCCUCCACAGCCUGCAUCUCCAAGGUGUCCCUUGUGUAUACUUCAGUGAACUCGCUUAGAUUUUUAAUCCCACCACUGUAAACAAAUUCUAACUAUCAAAAUUAAACUAUGACUUGUAUCAGCUUCCUGGGUAAUAAACUGGAGGCCAGCCCUAGCUUAACCUCAGUGCACUGGCCCUUAGCACUUGAGUGGCCUGCCAGCAGCAUGGGCAUGGAUCUCCCAGGGGGCCCUCAGCCUUGCCUGCCAGCCCCCACCACCAUCAGAGCCCUGGCCUCUUGGUCAGGCUGAAGGAGGCUUACCUAUGGCCUCAUUCAAGUCUCCUCUAAAAAGCAUGUUGAACUAAUCUACUUUCUAGAACCCCAAGGAGGGAGCUUAGGGAACAUUUAUUUUAGCAGCAUAUGCCUAAAUUGGGGGUCAAACUUAUAGGACUUAAUAACUUACAGGAAGGGAGAAGGGUGUCUAGUUAGGCAAUUUGAGCUGAAGGCAAGAAAAAAUGUCUUUGGUCCCUAACUGGAGAUGGCCAAGCAUGAGAGUUAGGCAGGAGACCGGCAGAGGUCCUGUGGGCUGGGAGGGGGUACAAGUUCCAACGGUGCCGACUUGAAAAUCAGGGAGAAGGUGGUUUUAUAAUGAAGGAUGCUCAAGAAAAAAUGGAAGGUGUAGGGGUGUUUGAUCCAUUCCCCUCGCAUUCCAGAACUUCCAAGCUUUCUACCUCUACUUUCUGCAGCCAGCAGCAUCCACCAAGGCUGUCUUUCACUCUAAUAACCCAGGGGCACCUGGGACUUGCAUUUUCAGUCUCUGAGCCUGACCUUGAAAAUGACCAUCCUUUGCCUGCCAGACUUGCCCUAAGGUUUUUCCUGUGCCAGUGAAGUUUAGGUUAUGAAAUGCUGAAAUGUCGCUUUUUCCUUAGUUUCACUUCUGGAAGUUCUUGAUUCCAUUCCCAGGUUGCCAGGGAUGACAUCUUUGCGCUUGAGUCCGGCUCAUCAGCACGGUGGCAGUGCCGGGUGAGCGUCACAGGCAUGGUGGGGCACUCGGGGGGGUCUCUGGGAGGAAAGUGAAAGUGCCUGUAGAACUGGUGAACCACCACAUAAUAGCUCUCACUGUUCUUGUUUAUCAAUAGCUACUUUUUUUUAGCAUAGACACCAGAGCCACACACUCCACUGGCUUAGUAAGUUAUGACCUCUCAUUGAAUUCUUUCUGAAUAGCCCACUGUUGUGUUCAAAUUUUCUGACUAGUCAGUCAAGGAAUUACCAUUUCAUCCUGUAAUGUCAUCGCAGAAGCAACAGUAGGAGAAUGGGGAGGGAACUCUGACACUGAGCCACUAAAAUAUGGACUAAUUUUUCAGACAAAUCUUCAAAUUGUGCUACUGUUUUUGUCUCAAAGUUACCCAGUUUGUGCAAUAAGUGGAAGGGGUGUCAUCCUUGUUCAAUAAAAGCUGAAUGACAUUCACGCUGAUUUUCUAGACCACUGAGAAAAUCUUUAUUUACAAUAAAUUUCAAUA